AUGGUGACAACGAAAAGGGGACGAGGGCGGCCGAAAUCAACGGUGCCACCGUCACCGGAAACUCUCACUAACUUGAAGACACUUGAGCCUGAAUCAAGUAACACCACUAUUAGUGUUCAGAAACCUGGGAAUGUUUCAGGAACCAUCGCCGGAGAAGACAAAGCUACUACAAAUGCGCUGGCGAGAGAGAACAGUGAAACCCUAACAGAACCGUCAAAAACCCAAACCGAAGAACGUAAACCAUGGGUUGAUGUAAUCAAUGACAACCGGAACCCUGCAAGAGGAAUGGCAAUAGAAUAUGUUGCGCCAAAGCUCAUCAAUGGAAUGAUUGAAAUUGACAUUGAACAAGAAGAUAUUGAAACAGAAAUACAAUUUUGGGAUAAUGCUCUAAUCCUAUAUGUUGUGGGGGACGACCUGAGCAUGAACACGGUGAAGAACUUUAUGCAGAGAAUGUGGAAUUUCGUGAAGAUGCCAGAUUCGUAUUAUCACGAUGACAGAUAUUUUCUGAUAAGAUUUAGCUCCCAAGAAGACAAGGAAGCAGUCAUGAUGAAAGGGCCUUACACGAUUUGA